GAUCUGUCUCUACACAGGGAGGCCAAUUUGUCCUAAAAGCGCUCCUCCCUCUUCAGCCUGAUGUCACAUUGCUUUGAUGUUUGUGCAAGAGCUGAAGGCAGAAGAGGGACUUGCACACCUGUAAAAUAGAUACUGUUCUGUGCUAGGUUUUGAGAGAAGUGGGUGUAGAACAGUUUCUCCUGCUGAUUUCUACAACUUCGGAGGACGUUUAGACAUUUUUGGAGGCCUUCUCAUCUCUGGGGCCGACAUGCCUUCCUACACAGUGACCGUUGCCACAGGGAGCCAGUGGUUUGCGGGAACAGAUGACUACGUCUACAUUACACUGGUGGGCUCGGAGCGUUGCAGUGAGAGAACACUGCUGGAUAAAGCCCUUUACAAUGACUUUGAGAGGGGGGCGGUGGACACCUAUGAUGUGAGUGCUGGAGAAAACCUGGGUGACAUUGUUUUGGUGAAGAUUGAGAAGAAGAAAUACUGGAUGCACGAUGACUGGUACUGCAAGUACAUCACAGUCAAGACCCCGGCCGGGGACUACGUGGAAUUUCCCUGCUUCCGUUGGCUGGUGGACGAAAAGGAAGUGCUGCUGCGAGAUGGUCGAGCUUUUCUGCCUCAGGAUGACAAAACCAGCGUGGUUAAGCAGCACAGACAAAAAGAGCUGGAUAUGAGAAGAAAAACAAUCAGAUGGAGUGAGUGGCAGCCAGGUUUUCCCAUGAGUAUAGAUGCAGCCAGACACAAGGAUCUGCCACGAGACAUCCAGUUUGACAGUGAGAAGGGAGUGGACUUCAUACUCAACUACAGUAAGGCAAUAGAGAACCUUUGUGUGAACCAGUUCAUGCAUAUGUUUCAGUCCUCUUGGAGUGACUUUGCUGACUUUGACAAAAUCUUUGUGCGAAUCAAAAAUACAAUCUCAGAGUAUGUGAUGCAGCACUGGAAAGAGGACUUCAUGUUUGGAUACCAGUUCCUGAAUGGUUGCAACCCGGUGGUGAUACAGAAGUGCACCAAGCUUCCUGAUAAGUUUCCUGUCACUGAUGAGAUGGUGUCUGUUAGCCUGGAGAGAGGGCUGUCUCUGGAGCAGGAAAUUGAGGCAGGCAAUGUCUACAUAGCAGACUACGAGGUCUUAGAUGGCAUUAAGGCAAACUGCACAGACCCGUGCACCCUGCAGUUCCUGGCUGCUCCAAUCUGUCUCCUGUACAAGAACACUCAGAAAAAGAUCUUGCCCAUAGCCAUACAGCUUGACCAGAUUCCAGAUGAGAAUCCAAUCUUCCUUCCCACUGAUAGUCACUAUGACUGGCUGCUGGCUAAGAUCUGGGUGCGCUCAGCUGACUUCCAGUACCACCAGACUGUCACACACCUGCUCAGGACUCAUCUGAUGACAGAGGUCUUUGCUAUUGCAAUGUACAGACAGCUUCCAGCAGUUCACCCUGUGUAUAAGCUGCUCAUUCCGCACAUCCGUUUCACCAUUGCCAUAAACACCAAGGCCAGAGAGCAGCUGAUCUGUGAACAUGGAAUCUUUGACAAGGCAAAUGCAACAGGUGGAGGAGGUCAUGUCCAGCUGGUCCAGAAAGCCAUGAAGUUUCUGACCUUCAGGUCCCUCUGCUUCCCUGAUCUGAUCAAGAGCCGCGGCGUAGACAGCAAGGAGGAGCUGCCCACCUACUUCUACAGGGAUGAUGGGUACAAGGUGUGGGAGGCUACCAAGAGCUUUGUGUCCGACGUGGUGUUUAUUUACUACACCAGUGAUGAGAAAGUGCAGGAAGAUGAGGAAAUCCAGGCUUUCAUUAAGGAUGUGUGCAGCUUCGGAAUGCAGGACUUCGAUCACUGUGGAUUUCCAAAGUCUGUCAAACGGCGUGAGGAGCUGAUAGAGUACCUGACGGUUGUCAUAUUCACUGCUUCAGCCCAGCAUGCAGCGGUUAACUUUGGACAGUACGACUGGUGUUCCUGGAUCCCAAAUGCGCCAUCUACCAUGCGGAAACCCCCUCCUCGGAAAAAGGGCUUAGCAACUGUGGAGUUGAUUAUGGAGAGCCUCCCCGAUCGCGGACGCUCAAGCUGGCAUCUGGGAGCUGUCUGGGCCCUCAGCCAGUACCAGGACAGUGAGCUGUUCCUGGGCAUGUAUCCUGAUGAACACUUCAUAGAGAAGCCUGUCAAAACAGCCAUGGAGAAGUUCAGAAAGGAGCUUGGAGAGAUAAGCAGCUCCAUCAGGAGGAGGAACGAGGGGAAGAAGCUGCCAUACUACUACAUGUCCCCUGACAAAAUCCCAAACAGUGUUGCAGUUUGAGGAGCAAAACACACUCUACCCUGGCUACAUCCUACAAAAAUGAUUUUGAUGUUCAGAUAUGCUUUCAGGAAACUGUCACCAGAGUAGGAGAUUAUUAUUUCUCUUUGGAAGGAUCUUUUCAAAUGUGUGCGCGUGUUGUGUUGUUUGGUACUCUUUUAAUGAGUAUGUUGUGGACCUUUUUGAGCAUUCAGGCUUUCCUUUGAGAUCUGAGGGUAGAAAAAAUUAAUCCUCUUGUAAUUUGCAUGGCUCAAAUUAUUACAGAAUUCAUUCCACAAGGUAAAAAAAAAGAAAAAAGCACUGCGUGUAGGAUGUUUUUUUCCUCCCGUGAGCGGGGUCUAAAUGGAACAGUUGUAAAAGGGAAACAUAUUGGUGGACCAAAGAGGAUCUCAGAUUGAUUGAGGGCAGAAAUCCACAGAGCGAUACGCCUGACAACAGAUAAUGAAAAGCUAUGGGGAAGAGACAGGAGUCGGUGUUUGUGACCGAGCUGUAAGAAACCAGGUGAGGAUAACAGAUGAAAAGAAGAUUGCUGUGGGCAUAAAUAGUCAUGUAGCGUGCAUGGUGGGAUGAAAAGAAGAUUCAGUGAUGAGUCACCAGUUUGAAAUAGACAAGGAGAUGAUGGAGCUUCUGUCAGCAGCAUGUCAUGACGGCUGCCUGAAGAAAACAUGCAAACGUCCACAGUUGUCGUCAGGUAAAGGACCAGUGGAGAAGGAAGACAUUACCACUAACAGUAAACGCACAGCUCUUGAUUUCAUUUUAAAACCUUUUCAAAUUCCAUCAGUUUAAAGGAGAAUUAGGUCUUGUUGAGGUUAUUUCUCAAAAUUGUGUCGCGUUCUGCCACGGAGCAGAACACCAAUUCUCAUAUGAGCUCAGUGGGAAAAACAGAAAAUUGUCAUUUUCUUAUUGAUCGUGUAAAUUUAUUAUUUUGAAUUUGUGAGGAGAAAAAAAGAUUCUGGAAAGCUAGAGACUAACUGAAUAAAAAAAAGAAAAAGGAAUAUUUUUGUUGAAGUACAACCACAUUAUUUUUUAGUUUAUGAUAGAAUUUUUCUUCAGCUAAAACAAAAGAAGCUGUUAAAUACAAGGAUUUUCUUCCUUUCCAUUUGCUUUUCUAAUAUAUUUGACAAAGUAGAAUGUUCAUUUGUAACAUAAAAUGAUUUUGUGGCACAUCUGAUUUUUUUUUCUUCCCUGACCCAACAAAAUAAAGCUGCUUUGUGAA